AUGCAGGAUCCGAACGCGGAUACUCAGUGGAAUGACGAACUUCGAAAGCAUGGGAUUCUUCCAAAAAAGGAAUGUGAAGUCACUGAAGAUGAUGUCGUGCGAAUGCUGGAAGCCACCGUUCUGGAAAAAACGAAAUCCGGUAAAUCGAAAGAUGAAAUGACCUUGGAUGAGCUGAAAGAAUUGGAGGAUGAAGAGGAUGAAAGAGUUUUUGAAGAAUAUCGAGCUAAGCGAAUUGCCGAGUUGAAGCUUCUUUCGGAAGCAAAUAAAUUCGGAGAGGUCCGAGAAAUCACGGGAAUCGAUUACACGCAAGAGGUCAAUGAUGCCGGUGAAGGAAUCUUCGUUGUACUGCAUUUAUACAAGCCUGGAAUCCCUCUUUGUACUUUGAUCAACAAUUACUUGACGAUUCUUGCGGCAAAAUUUAAGUCCACGAAGUUUUUGAAGUCUUUGUCGGAUUCAUGCAUACCCAACUUUCCGGAUAGUAAUUUGCCCACAAUAUUCAUAUACUUCGAGGGAGCUAUGAAGGACAAGUUUCUUGGUCCUGCGGCACUACGUGGCAUGAACAUUUCAAUUGACGAGUUGGAGUGGAUGCUUUCAAAAAGCGGUGCCGUGAAAUCUGACAUCAAAGAAGAUCCGAGGCCAAAAAUUGAUGACGUCCUGUUCUCUCAGUUACAACGAAAGCGUGAAGAUGAUAGUGAUGAAGAUUGAUAACAUACUCGUGUGUGUGCGGUGGUGCUUUUUUUUAUAUUAUAUUAAGAACUAAUUAUUUCAUCGUUGACUCAUCCGUGUGAGAAUUACUUGCAAUGUCCAUGAGUUUUUCGCUGUCCUUGGAAAGAUGGAAGUGUCCGUUUUUCUUUUGUUUUUGUUUGCUCAUUACCUGAUGGAACAAAGUGUACUUUUCCAAUCGGAAA